AUGCGUGUGCCCGUGGCGUCGGGGGUAGAACUUCCCGCGCAAGUGGAGAGUAACGGACCUCCGGAUCGAGUGGGGGGGGAAAAUGACACCGAUGAAUGUAAAAUUACAGAGCAUUGGUUUCCCUCGCGCUUUUCUGCGUUGGGGGAAAGUGUGGGGGAAGUGAGGGAUAGCGGGGGGGGGGGGAGUGGGGGGGGGGGGGGGGGGUGGGGGGGGGGGGGGGGAGGGGAGGGGGAAGGGGGGGAAGGAAGCGAGCCCCGAAAUAGAAUGUGUGGCGACCCUCCGUGGUGUCGAGUGCUCCGGUCACCUUCUCCGUCCCAUAUGUGGACGUGGAUGUUGUGCAGAGGGAAAUGGGACGAUGAGAAGAAGAUAGAGUUAGCAAGAGAGUGGCGGGCGUUGGCGGCCUCCCAGAGAGCCAGUGGGAGAAGCUUUGAAUUUGAUCCCCAUGUUUCUGUUUCUCUUGCCGCCGCUUUUUCUUUCUGCUUCAGUCGCGGGCGACCCAAAGCAUGCAAGCAGCCGAAGUUGAGCGCCAUGUCCGUUGUCUUCCGCCUGUUCGCAGAUUAA